AUGCAUAUCUUACACACAUACGCCGGAUAUACCAGUGUUGUUUUCAUCAUCGCUCUGGCUGUCUGUUUACAAAUACAUUUUGCUGAAAGUCGGUCGCUUUCCACAGAUGAAUAUUUCCCAAACACGAUAUUCAAAAGAAAUUCCUGGUUUAGUAAAAAGUCAAUGGAAGACUUACCACCAACUUCACAGAAACAUGAUGAUAUCACUCCAAUGCAAGUGAAAACUGGCUGUGAAGAAGCUCUCUCUGUAUACAGGUGCUAUGCUGAUAUGUGCGUACCGGAAUUUGUGGAGUGCUCGAGGACGUCUAUGAGUAACGAUGUGUAUGAAAUGUGCAAGCUGGAACACAGCAUGUGCGCGUCUCGAUGCUUUAAUGGUUCUGGACCGGAACUGGAAAUAAAAUGA